AUGGACAAGAAAAAAGUAAAGGGAUAUAGCAGAACAGUCACAGGUGUUAAACUUCCACCCAUAGAAGCAACUGAGAAAGCAGGUGAAGUAAAAACUAUUUUAGAUACAGAUCCACACUUUUAUUCAUUAAUAGACGGGAGACCGAUAAGACCAAAUAAGUCGAUACUAAAAUACAAACAGGACAUCAAAAACAUAGCACUGAAGCGAACGGUCCACGGUUUUUUAGUAGAUGAAAUAUUACGAAUCAACAGGGAAAUAGAAUUGGAGAGAAAGAAAUACGAAACGGCCACUAAACACUUCGACGAAUACCAAUAUAGUUUCGAUAAAUUCUUGGCUCACGACAACAACAAAACGAUAGCUGUAAUGAAAAAAUCGGAUAAUCUUUCCAAAGAUUUGUCCAGACAGAUAGAAGAACACAAAAAAGCUAACUAUGAAUACGCGUCCCUCAAAUCUAAACUACAGUAUAUAGACGAAACGCUACAAAUAUUGCUUUCAUUCCAAAAUUUCCUAUACAACGCUGCUCCUAUAAUGUGGCGGGAGACUGUGGCUAAACCGACAGUAAAGUCUGAGAUUUUCUCAUCUGAAUCUAAUAUAUUUUGUAAACUGGAUAUAGAUGCCCUUACUGAGAGACUAAACGUAUUACCUCCACCGUGUCUUUAUUUUAAAACGCCCGAUCAAUUAGUGGACGUUUUCGGUGCACUGGAAAAGCAAAAUUUAAAUUAUUUGCUUGUAACUGAAGAGUUGAAUGCAGAGAAACAACAAUUUUUAAAAUCAGUUCAACGUUUAAAAUCUGUGAUAGAUAGUGAAUUGAAUUAUAUUCAGCAAAAGAUUUCAGAAACCGAAGACACUAUUCAAUGUAAUAAAUCAAGAGAAGCUGAAUUAAAAUGUUCCUUUUUCAAAAUAUUGAAUGAAAACAUCCGCUAUUUAAUAUCAUCGGAAACAGCUCUUCAGAUAUUAAAUUACGUUGAAUUCACUUUUGAACAAACCAUCGCACAAAACGAUACUAACCUCAGUCCUUUGGAGAUGAUGUCGUGCCUUGAAAGAGAAUUUGAUAACAUAAUGCUGGACUUAACAGCGUUCGACUUGGAUGAAAUCAAACGCAUUGAAAAGGAAAUAUACAGCGGCGGGGUAAUAGAAAUUAAGAAGGCGAAAGUAGCGAACAAACUACUUAAAAAUGUGGACAAACUAAGUAGAAGAAUGAAAUCCGCUUAUGAGCCAACAAAGAAGCCUAUUUUGUUUUAA